UCAAGUUUUCUGUUUAAAUUUUCAGGUCAAGUGUUUGUAUAUUCCCUGGGGAACGUACAAAUAGUAAACUUGCACCAACUUGAGUUGGUGAAAGAGUUCACAACGUGUGUAUCCUUGGACUUGGGGAAAACUUCGGUUCAACUUAAUGAUCUUGGUCCUUUGCUUGGUCAGGGGAUCGUAGCAUCAGAUGGAGCUUUCUGGUCACAUCAGAGGAAGAUCAUUGCUCCUGAAUUAUACAUGGAAAAGAUCAAGGGAAUGGUGAACCUGAUAACUGAGUCUGCCAUUGCAUUGGUAAAUUCAUGGAAGAGUAUGAUUGAGAGAGAUGGUGGAAUAAUGGCAUACAUCAAAGUUGACGAAGGCCUCGGAAGUUUCUCUGCAGAUGUUAUCUCAAGAGCCUGUUUUGGAAGCAAUUAUUCCAAAGGAGAACAGAUUUUCCUGAAUCUAAGAGAUCUCCUGAAGGCUUCGUCCAAGAAAGAUCUAGCCGUUGGGAUUCCUGGAAUGAGAUAUCUCCCUACAAAAAGCAAUAGAAAAGCAUGGGCAUUAGAGAAAGAAAUCCGCAAUUUGAUAUUGAAGGUAGUGAAGGAGAGACAAGAAGCUGCAGAUGAGAAGGAUUUAUUGCAGAUGAUCCUUGAAGGAGCCAAAAAUAGUAAUUUGAGUAGAGAAGAAACAGACAGAUUCAUAGUUGAUAAUUGCAAGAACAUAUACAUGGCUGGGUGGGAGACCACUGCAGUUUCAGCUUCAUGGUGCCUCAUGUUGUUGGGAGUAAAUCAAGAAUGGCAGGAUCGUGUCCGUGCAGAGGUUCUUGAGAUUUGUGGAGGCAGCAUGCCAGAUUAUGAUAUGAUUCGCAAGAUGAAACUGCUUCACAUGGUGAUUCAUGAAACGCUGCGACUUUAUACACCAGUUCCAUUAAUAGCAAGGGAGGCCUUAAAGGACAUGAAAUUGGGAAACAUUAAUGUUCCCAAGGGAGUGAACAUCUGGACUAUGGUAUCGCUAUUGCAUACAGAUCCUGAGAUAUGGGGAUCAGAUUCUUAUAAGUUCAACCCUGAGAGGUUUGCAAAUGGAAUAGCAGGCGCUUGCAAGUAUCCAUUCUCUUACAUGCCAUUUGGUGCCGGACCUCGGGUAUGUCUUGGACAGCACUUUGCCACUGUUGAACUCAAGAUAUUAUUAGCUCUCAUUUUGUCCAACUUCUCUUUCACCAUCUCUCCUAGAUAUGUCCAUUCCCCUAUUUUCAACUUAGUUGUAAAACCAGAUCAUGGAGUCAAUCUCUUGGUAAAGAAGUUGUAGAUAAACCUGAUGAAA